AUGUUAAAAGGUGAAGAAACACAGAUAAAAUUAAUAUUUUUCUUUUUAGGUAUACUUUUAAGUUUACCUUCCAACAUAAUAAUAAAUGUGUCUUUUUUGAUUAAUAAUAUAUACAAUGAAGAAAUUUCCAUAACAAUAUUGGGUUUUAUUUCUGGAUUUAUGAUAAUCUCAUCACUGAUUCAACUGACUUUUGAAUUUACUUCAUUUAAAUCUAUUAUAAUUUGUAAUUUUUUGAAUGCUGCUAAUUUGUUUAUUUUUUUAAUAUUAAUAUGUUUAUGUAAUGCAUCAAAACAUUAUAUAUAUAUAAUUUCUGCUUUUAUUGGAUUUUUUAUUGGGUUUCUUUAUUCUGCAAACACAAAAUAUUCUUUAUUAUUUGGUAUGCGAAUUAAUGGAUAUUUAGUUAGUGGAAUAAGUUUUUGUGCAUUAUUUUUUUUUAUAAUUAAUUUGUUGAUGUCAUACUUAACUAUUGAAGAUGGAAAUGUAAAAUCAUAUUAUAAUGCAAUAACAUUAUCAAUUGGUACAGUUGUAGUAUUAAAAGUUUUAAUCAUUAUAUAUAUUAUAUUUAUGCAUUUAAGAUCCCCAUAUUUUUUGGAGCAAAAAGAAAGAAUUGAAUCGAGAAAAACUAAAGAAAUAAAUAUUGAUAGUGAAUUAAAUACAUUUAACGAAGUAGAGAAUGGAGAAAAUAACUUAUCAAAAGGUGUGUCAUCAUAUGACAAAAAUUCUAAUGAUAAUGAUGAUAAAAAAAUAGAGGUUACUGUUAAAGAUAAUAUUUCCAAAAUAAGUAAAAUUAAUAAAAAAUUGAAAUUUCCCAAAAAAAUAUUUAAUUGUAAUAAUAUAAUUGAUGGUGCCCGCCUAAUUAAAUAUUAUUAUUUAUGUUUAAUACCAAUAUCUUUUAACAUUUUUAUAACCUUCGUAAUAUAUCCCCAUAUAAUACCAAAUAAAUUAAAAAAAGGGGUAUACUAUAAAUAUUUAUUUAUGUUUCUAUUUCAGUGUAGUGAUCUUAUAUUUAGUUUUUUGGUAACAGUUUAUUUAAAUUUAUUUUCCUUUUUUAAACAGCAGUAUGUAACAAUUUUAUGUAUAUGCAGAAUAUUACUGUUGGUUUUGGCUUAUAAAAUAAAAAAUUUACAAGAAGAUUCUUUUUUAUAUACAAAUGAAUUUAUAGCCUUUGUAAUAUUUCUAGUAGGUUCAACAAAUGGAUCUUUAAUAAAUUUAAGUUAUGGAAGAAUUUGUGAUUGUUUUAAACAUUCCGAUCAAAAAGAAAAGAAUAUUGCUGUUUCAUCUUCUUUUUGUGCUCUUACUUUUCUAAUAAGUUUUGCAUUAUCACCUUGGUUUUGUGGUUUAAUAAUAGAUUCAUAA